AUCGGCAUUUGCCAAUGUCAAGAAGGGGCGGGUCGUUCAAAAGGGACUUUCCAGUUGUGUACUUUCGGUUUUAUCAACUCGAACGUGGGGUCCUCAAGUCUAGUCGCUGGCUGCUGCUGUAUAACUCAAUUAAUACGAAGAUUGCCCUUUAUAUGAUAUGCGUGUGUAACAUAGAACAUAGGCUAGAUCUAGUCUUAAUAGAUAUAGGCUAUUGUUUCCUUGACAUUCAGAAGAAAUUGCAACCUCAUUCGCAAGAGCCCACAUGCAAAUAGCCUGUUCAGGAUGCCGAAAAUGAACUUCUCUCCGCUGCUCUUCCUGUGCAUGGAUGUGUGUGUGGUGCAGACAGUCCGCUUGGCCCAACUCUCCCCUCUUCUCCUCCACCAUCCCCUCAUCACCUUGUGGGGUGGAAGCCUGCUCCGUGCCGGCCUCCACCUCUUUCUCACCUUCAAAUUCCCUGGAAGUACCCCAUGGAUGAGCAGCUUCGAGGGGCUCCAGAGCAUGGGGGUCCUCUGCUUCCAUUGCCCACUCUACAUCAGCCUUCUCUGGGCAUGUGGCCAGUCCAUCCUGGGGCAACUAUGGGGUUGGCACUCCUGGCAGGGGCUACUUCAGGGCUACUGCGUAACAGUCGUAGCAUGUUUGUACUGGACACGCUACGUCCCUUCUCUUCUUACCAAGCCCACCAAGGAACCACAGAAGAAGACUGGGGCCUCUCUAGAGAAACUGUUGGGAUACAUGAAGCCUUAUUUCAUACGCUUUGGAGCCGUGCUGAGUCUUGUUGUCAUCUCCUCCCUUGGUGAGAUGGCUAUUCCCCACUACACCGGCCGAAUGACAGACUGGAUUAUGAAUGAAGACGAGCCUGAAGCCUUUACUCACGCCAUCACGGUCAUGUCUCUGAUUACAGUCAUGAGUGCUGUGUGUGAGUUUGUGUGUGACCUCAUCUACAACAUCACCAUGAGUCGCAUACACACCUCCAUCCAGGGCCUAGUCUUCCAGUCGGUGCUGAAGCAGGAGAUUGCUUUCUUUGACACAGCACAGACAGGUGACCUUGUGUCACGCAUCACCACAGACACCAACGACAUGAGUGAGUCUCUGAGUGAGAAGUUGAGUCUGCUGAUGUGGUACUUCAUGCGGGUCACUUUCCUCUUCAUCUUCAUGCUCAAUCUCUCCUGGAAGCUGUCCCUCUUCACCGCGAUGGGGCUUCCUAUCAUCUGGGUCAUACCAAAGAUAUCUGGCAAGUGGUACCAGGAGCUCGGUGCGAAGGUUCAAAAGUCACUAGCCCAGGCCAAUGACGUUGCCACGGAGACCUUCUCCUCUAUGAAGACAGUACGCAGCUUUGCCAACGAGGAGGGCGAGACGGAGCGCUACAGGAAGACGCUGGAGAAGACCUACUCUCUGAAUAAAGAGGAAGCAGCAGCCUACGCAGCCUCAACCUGGACCAAUAGUAUGUCAAGCCUGUUCCUGAAGGUCAGUAUCCUGUACUAUGGCGGUAGUCUGGUGACAGGGGGGACCGUCAGCAGUGGGGAUCUGGUGGCCUUUGUGCUCUACGAGCUCCAAUUCUCCUCUGCUGUGGAGGCCGUGAUGUCGUAUUACCCAAGUGUGAUGAGGGCAAUCGGUGGCUCUGAGAAGAUAUUUGAGUAUGUGGACCGACAGCCCCAAGUUCCUCCAGAAGGCACCCUUGCCCCACAGAAUCUUGAGGGACAUGUUGAGUUCAAGAAUGUCACAUUUACCUACCCUACCAGGGAAGAUACACCGGUGCUCAAGGGCCUGUCUCUGGAGCUGAGACCUGGGCAGAUCACUGCAUUGGUGGGGGCUUCUGGAGCAGGGAAAAGCACCUGUGUGAGCCUGCUGGAGAGGUUCUACCUGCCCCAGGAAGGAGAGAUCCUAUUGGAUGGACAGCCACUGCACAGCUACAAGAACCAGUACCUACACAACAAGAUCAGUGUGGUGAGUCAGGAGCCGGUGUUGUUUGCUCGUUCUGUCAAGGAGAACAUCAAAUAUGGCAGAGAUGAUGCCACUGAUGAGGAGAUGUACCGGGCUGCUGAGCUGGCCAACGCCCACAAGUUCAUCUCUGACCUGCCCAAUGGCUAUGAUACAGAUGCCGGGGAGAAGGGAGGCCAGGUUUCAGGAGGGCAGAAGCAACGCAUAGCCAUCGCCAGAGCUUUGAUCAGAAAGCCUCGGAUUCUAGUGCUGGACGAUGCCACCAGUAACUUGGACACAGAGAGCGAGCAUUUGGUCCACCAAGCUCUGCUCAAGGACUCAAACCCCUGCUCAGUGCUGCUGAUUGCUCAUAAGCUGAGCACUGUGGAGAAGGCCAAUCACAUUGUCGUUCUUGAGGAGGGAAAGGUGCUUGAGGAGGGGAGCCAUGUUGAGCUGCUGGAGAAAGGUGGAACCUAUGCUGAUCUGGUGAACAGGCAGAACACUGGCUUCCAGCGCAAAGAAGGGGAGGAGCUGAAAAACUAAAACAGAGUUUACUAA